CACAUCAGAGGUGAGUGAGUGGAGAAGAUGCUCGAUGUUGGUAAUUCAAUGCACCAUAAAAAUAAGGUUUAAUGUUUGCUUUUGUCUCAGUAAUGUUAAAUAAGAUGAGUUAUGUGGUUCACACCAAGCCUGACAUGCUAAACCGCUUCCUGCGUGGAAAGCUCUAAAAACAGCUGCAUAUCUUGCAUCAUUGAAUGGUUUAAACUGACAGAACCCUAAAUGUUGUUAUUUCUGGCCAGUCACCGUGAGUUAGCAGGUGCAGUCAGUGUAAUCAUAAAUGAGCCAAACUGACGGGGCUGAAGUGACUGAAUAAUCUGACCACUCAUGCUGAUGCAGGUGCUUUUCACAAAUGUUUUUAAUAGUGACAUGGGAUGCUGCAUGUGUGGAAAGCUACAGAGUCACAGCGCUAACUCCAUUUCCAAACGGAAGCGCAGGCUCCAUGUAUGGCUGUGAACUUUGCCCUCUGGCUCCACAGCAACAUCCAAUUUCAUAUCUAGAUUUGGCUUCAAAGUCUUAAGUCGCAGCGGAGGAGCUGCAGCUGACAGACAGCGGCUGUCUUUGCAUCAGACAACAGGGGAAGGAGAUAGAGGGAGCAGCGCGAGGUCAGGGGUCCCUCUCUGCUGUGGAUUGAAAGCGAACCUCACCGUCCUCCACCGGCUGCAGCGACGCGCUCUGACCUUUUAAUUUGGCAUCACUCGGAUUCACUGGGAUCUAAAGGAAAAGCACCAGAUUUGAGCCUUGAGACUCCUGCACGUAGGCUGGAUCCAAGCUUUAAAUGGGGAACCUUGCAUCCUCUCACGACUGAAGGACGACUUCCCUAGUGGAAAACUGGAUAAAAGACAGAGAGAUACCACCCAAAGAACUACAUCAAAGUAAAUAAAAAAUAAAGACCACAAGCCCUUGGAGUUUGGAUUCAACACUUUCUGAUAAAACAUCAACACACCAAGUCUCCGCCAUGGCAAUGAGACGACACCUGGCCUACAACAUCCACAGGGAGAUCCUGGACGAGGAGACCGUGGAAGGCCUGGCUCAAAAGUCCGGGUCAAAAACGUCUCUGCGUGAUCGACUCAGAAAAGCGACGAGGUGUUCUGGUCCCCGGGCGAAGAGGUGCCUGCUGGAAAGCGUUCCUGUUCUGUCCUGGCUGCCUCGUUACGCCAUCAAAGACGACGCCCUGGGUGACCUGAUCUCCGGCAUCAGCGUGGGGGUCAUGCACCUGCCGCAGGGUAUGGCCUACGCCCUGCUGGCCUCCGUUUCACCCAUCUUCGGCCUUUACUCCUCCUUCUACCCCGUGCUCGUCUACUUCAUCUUCGGCACCUCCAAGCACGUCUCAGUCGGAACGUAUGCGGUGAUGAGUGUCAUGAUUGGAGGAGUGACGGAGAGAUUAGCUCCGGACUCCAACUUCAUGAUGUGGGACAAUGUGACCAACUCUAGUAUGGUGAACGAGGCGGCUCGAGAUGCAGAGAGGGUCAAAGUGGCGGCAGCCGUCACCUUCGUUUCUGGUUUAUUUCAGAUUCUGCUCGGUCUGGUGAAGUUCGGCUUCGUGGUGACCUACCUGUCUGAGCCCCUGGUCCGAGGAUACACCACAGCCGCGGCCAUCCACGUCAUCGUGUCCCAGCUCAAAUACACCUUCGGCAUCAACCCCCGGCGACACAGUGGGCCGUUCUCCCUAAUAUACACUGUGCUGGAGGUGUGUUACCUCAUCCCGGAGACCAACAUCGGCACGUUAGUGGUCAGCAUCGUCACGAUCGUCGGCCUCAUCCUCGCUAAAGAGCUCAACGCGUAUGUGCAAAAGAAGCUGCCCGUUCCUUUACCCGUGGAGCUGCUAGCUAUCAUUAUUGCCACAGUCGUUUCCUGGCAGGUGAACUUGGAGCAGAAAUACGGAGUGGACAUAGUGGGAGUCAUUCCCUCCGGGCUCCAGGCUCCCGUCUUCCCAGACGCCUCUCUGUUUGAGCAGGUGAUCGGGGACGCCUUCGCCCUGUCUGUGGUCGGCUACGGCAUCGUCAUCUCCCUGGGACGAAUCUUCGCCCUGAAAUAUGGCUACAAGGUGGACAGCAACCAGGAGCUGAUCGCUUUGGGCCUGAGUAACUCCAUUGGAGGCAUCUUCCAGUGUUUCGCCGUCAGCUGCUCCAUGUCCAGGUCCAUGGUCCAGGAGAGCACUGGAGGCAAGACUCAGGUCGCCAGCGCCAUCUCAUCGGUAGUUAUCCUGUUCAUCACACUGUGGAUUGGGAGUCUCUUUGAAGAUCUACCCAAGGCAGUGCUGGCUGCCAUCAUCUAUGUCAACCUCCAUGGCAUGAUGAAGCAGUUCAUGGACAUCCCUGCGCUGUGGAGGAGCAACCGGGUGGACAUGCUCGUCUGGGUGUUCACCCUCAUUCUCACCAUCCUCUUCAACCCUGACAUGGGCCUGGCCGCUUCCAUCGGCUUCUCCCUGCUCACGGUCAUCUUCAGGACACAGCUACCUAAAUACACCUUGUUGGGGCAGGUUCCAGACACGGACAUUUACAGGCCACUGGGGGACUAUACUCAGGUGAGGCAGGUGCCAGGGAUCGCGAUCUUCCGCUCCUCUGCCACCCUCUACUUUGCCAACGCAGAGAUGUACCAAGACGCCCUGGGAAAGAAGUGUGGACUUGACAUCACCAAGCUCCUGUCUGCCAAGAAGAAACUAGAGGCCAAACGGAAAAGGCAGGAGAAGAAAGCUGCCAAGAUGGCUGCCAAGGAGGGAGCAGUGAACGUGAACGGGGAGCAGCAGAAGGACCUGGCCGUCAUCGAGGUGGACGCGGAGCCUGAUCCCUCACGCCCAAGAGUCCUUGUCCUGGACCUCAGCCCUGUGAACUUCCUGGACACUGUGGGAGUCAAGACGCUGCGCAAUAUCCAGAGAGACUAUGGGGAAAUUGGAAUAGAGGUGAUUCUUGCCGGUUGCCAAGGCGGCGUGGUGGACAACCUGCAGACCGGAGGCUUCUUCACCGGCAAAGUCACAAAGUCCUGUCUCUUCACGACGGUCCACGACGCCGUGCUGUACGGCCAGUCUAGCAGCGCGCGCGGCCAAGAUAAGCAGGAAUCUAACAAAGAGCAAAGACGUGUCACUGGUCCGUGACAAGCAAAGCAAUGCGCAGGGGACCACGAUGACACAUUUCUGAUCCCUGACAGCAGCAGCGGCGGUGGUGGCGGAGUGCAUGGGGAAGUGACGGACCAUUUGUGUGAGGAUUUUCUCCUCCGAGCGUCAGAUAACUGGGACACACUUCAGAUGAGUCGCUGCACAGACGCACAGGAGGGAACGAACACAGCAAAGAACGAAACUGUAAAUACAGUAAAUUAGUUUAAAUAGUCCCGUGAUGCAUCUUGUCUACAUUUGUGUCAUUUACUGUGUUUUAAUCACAUGAACACCAACUGCAAACAUGUUACUGUUUUAUUUAUAGAAAAAAAUCUAAAAAUACCAAUGUUUAUGUACUUGUAUUAAAAUAAAUGAAUAAAUGAAUGACAUCCUA